AUCAUCCCUCCGGACUCCAUCCUCCACUUUGACGUGCUGCUGCUCGACGUGUGGAACCCGGAGGACGGCGUGCAGAUCAACACUUACCACACGCCCUCCAGCUGCUCCAGGAAGGUGGAGGUGUCUGACUAUGUGCGCUACCACUACAAUGGCACCCUGCUGGACGGGACGCUCUUCGAUUCCAGUCACACCCGCAUGCGCACAUAUGACACCUACGUCGGGAUCGGCUGGCUGAUCGCUGGCAUGGAUCAGGGGCUCCUGGGCAUGUGUGUCGGAGAGAGACGCAUCGUCACUAUGCCUCCCUCUCUUGGAUACGGAGAGAAUGGAGACGGCAGCGACAUCCCGGGACAGGCUUCUCUGGUGUUCGAUAUCGUACUCCUGGACCUGCACAACCCCAGGGAUGGCAUCACAGUGACCAAUCAGAAAGUGCCCGAGUCCUGCACGAGGAAGUCUGUCGCCGGAGACUUUGUACGCUACCACUACAACGGCAGUCUCCUCGACGGGACAUUUUUUGAUUCCAGCUACUCACGUAAUCGCACCUAUGACACCUACGUGGGUCGAGGCUACGUGAUCGCUGGCAUGGACGAGGGUCUGAUUGGAGUCUGUGUGGGAGAGAAACGCACCAUCACCAUCCCCCCACAUCUCGGCUAUGGAGAGGAAGGCACAGGCACUAAGAUCCCUGGAUCAGCAGUGCUGGUGUUUGACAUUGACAUCAUCGACUUCCACAACCCGUCAGACAGCACUGAAAUCACCGUCACUCACAAGCCAGGAGAGUGCGACAAGCAAACAAAGAAGGGAGACUUCAUCAAAUAUCACUACAACGCCUCCAUGAUGGACGGUACAUCCAUCGACUCCACAUAUAACUAUGGAAAGACAUACAACAUCGUCUUGGGAGCCAACCAGGUGGUGCCAGGGAUGGAGGACGGACUGUUGGACAUGUGUGUGGGAGAGAAGAGGCACCUGGUUAUUCCUCCUCACCUGGGCUAUGGGGAGAGAGGAGUCCCUGAUGAGGUCCCAGGGAGUGCUGUGCUGUUGUUCGACAUUGAGCUGGUAGAAAUGGAGGAGGGACUUCCUGAAGGCUACAUGUUUAUCUGGAACGACGAUGUGUCCCCUGACCUCUUCGCUGAGAUGGACAAAGACGAGAACAAGCAGGUGGAGCCCUCUGAGUUUACUGAUUACAUCAUGCGGCAGGUGAGCGAGGGAAAAGGUCGCCUGGCACCCGGCUUUGAUCCCUAUCGCAUCAUCGACAACAUGUUCUCCAACCAGGACCGUGAUGGAGAUGGAAAAAUCACAGAGGCAGAGUUCAAACUUAAAGCAGAUGAAGCAACCACUCACGACGAGCUAUGACGGGACUGAGUGAAAAACUCAGCUCAGGGUGAAGGGGUGAGGGUCAGACAGUUGGGGAAAUGUGGGUGAUACAGUGAAAUAAGAUGGGGUUUUAUAUGUAAAUUAAGGGGAGAGGGAGAAAAUGCGGAGAAAGAUUUUGUUUUUUGAGGACUUACAUGUUGGUAAGCAGGUGUCUUGUCCUUUAAGAUGCUGUUUUUGAGUCAAAUUAAAACUACAAUUUCAAAAGAAAACACCUAAUAUGAGGACUGUGAAGACAGUGAAUGACUUUUUUUAACUUCUUAUCCCAUCAACCUGUUACGGAGUUUAAGGCCUGACAGGUGAUAUGUUUUUAUCUUGUCCGCUGAAGAUAAUUUACAAAAUUAUUUGCACCUUAGAAUGUCAUAUAUUGAAAUUCUCUUGUAUGGAGAGUGGCACUUGUCAUUAUCAGGAAUAAUUAUACAUUAACUUGUUCCCACAAGGUUUUUAUUGUGUGCAAACAAGAUAUUUAUUGUGUGAGAACAAGUUAAUAUCUUGUGUGCACAAGAUAAAAAAUAUCAUCUGUCUGGAGUUAAGGGGCUCUGUAAGUUCUUAUGUUUUGUUUUAGGGGUUUUUAUUUUGAAGGGUAUAAAAGCACUCCAGUGUGAGAGAACAAACCAAGGCCUCCACGAUCUCCACGUUCCACACUCCCUCUGUACCUGACUGUAACUGCUUUUAACAUUCUGUGGUUGUGCGUAAAACUUCCUUCAAAUAUCUUCCAGGACCAUCACUCACUGUAAGAUUAUGUAUUUAUAGGUGAAAAUAAGUGGUAAUGUUAAAGGAGAGCUUUAAGUUAGAAUAAUGUUAUAUUUUCAUUGUAUACAGCUGACAAUUUCCACUGUUUCAUUUAUAAUCGGUCAGGAUUCUGUGGGGGACAUUUCUAACAGAUAAAAGCAUUGGGUUUAGUUGUGAAGUCAGUAUAUGAUAAAAAAAAAAACUGAAUCAUAAUCAUGUUUUCUUCACGGUACCUUCUGUGUUUUCUGCUGUGAAAGGAUCCAUGCAGGGGAUCGGUUGCCUCUCCAGGUCUGUCACACAUUUACUGUCUUGUUUACCAUCUCUGGUUUUUGUCUUCGUCCUGAUGUCAAAUGUAAUGUAGGACAUUUGCAUUUUCAUGACUGAGUGAGUGAAUGAGCGAGUGAGUGAGUGGGCGAGCGAGCGAGUGAUAGUUUUUGUUUUACUUUUCAUUCAGGUAUAACGCUGAGGCUUGAUUAUUUCAUCGUCAGCAAAACCUUUAAUUUGAAUAAAUUACCUGACCUAAAACAUA